AUGGCGGAGCAAGAACUUCCCGAGCCGCUGGUGGACCUGCGGCUGCCGUGCGGCGUGCUGCGCGCGGUCGGGCUGUGGCCCACGGGGGGCAGGCGGCUGCUGUACUCGGCCUACACCGCCUGGAGCCUGCUCAUGCUGCUGUGCAGCGUGCUGGGGCAGCUGGCAGGCCUGCGCGGCCACUGGUCCAACCUGCCCACCGUCGCCACCUCCGUCUGCCUCGCGCUCACCACCUCCUGCACCAUCUUCAAGGGUGAAGCCAGAAGGCUGACGCGGCGGCCCUUGCAGGCGCUGGUGUUCCUGCGGCAGCGGCGGCGCGUCGACGGCCUGGUGUGGAGGGCGCGGCGGCGCGCGCUGCUCAUGUUCUGCGUCUUCUUCGGCAUCGGCGCCGUCGCGCUCAGCCUCUUCUACGCGGGGCCCGCGCUGCAGAACCUCCAGGACGCCGAGGUCCUCGCCAGCGCCGCAGGUAACGGGACGUUCGAGAGACACCUGGGCCGCAACCUGCCGAUGCUGAUCUGGUGGUACGGGGGCCAGCCCGUGAGGACGCCCUACUACCAGCUCAGCUACGCGCUCAUCUGCUACUGGUUCAUGCUCAUCUACCUGUCCACCAGCACGCUGGACGCCUUCUACGUGACGCUCAUCAUAUACCUGUCGUCGCAGCUCAAGAUGCUCAACGCAGCACUGGCUGACACCGUCCAGCUGCCCGGGCGCGGUGAAGCGGCUACCGUAGGCGACCGGCGGUCCGCGGCCUCUGUAACACGGCAUGGGGACUACCGGAGGCUCGUCCAGUGCGUCCUCUUCCACCAGGAGAUCAUCAAGUCGGUGGAGGAGAUGGAGUCGCUUCUGAGCCCCUCCGUCCUCGCGCAGUUCGCCACCAGCACCCUCGUCAUCUGCUUCACCGCCUUCGCUGUGAUGACAUCGACGAAGAGACAAGAGAUGCCCGCUUAUGCCACGUACCUCGCCACCAUGUUCUACGAGUUGUUCAUGUACUGCUGGUACGGGAACGAGCUGCUCGAGCAGAGCGACGCGCUGCGGCUGUCGGCCUACAGCUGCGCCUGGCCGGGGGCUGGCGGCCGCUUCCAGCGCUCCCUGUGCAUCGUGAUGGCGCGCGUCCAGAGGCCCCUCUGCCUCACCGCCGCCAAGCUCUACAAGAUCUCCCGACAGACCUUCCUCGUGCUGCUGAAGGGCUCCUACACGUACUUCGCUCUCCUGCACCAGAUGAACGACCGCCAGCAUAUAUCCUAGCCCCACCACGCGUUCAUCAGUUUGGACUUCUAUGGCGUCGUCAACACAAUUUUGCCUCACAUAGCUAAUAGAGGGAAAAUUCCACCACAUAUACUCGUAAAUUCAACGUUCUGAGAUCGAACUAAUGUCUUACAAAUAGUAUAGAAAUUGACCAAAGCAGUAUAAAGCAUAAGAGCACCAUA